CACAGACGUUUUACUUGAAUUUCUUUGCUCGCGAGUGCAAUGGAUAUCGAGGUACUCAAAUGCAGCAUACUGGAAGUGCUAGAGAAUGAUAAGAGCACAGUUCUGCAGGAGUGGAUAUCCUCAUGUCAAAAAUUUCGAUCGCACGUUAUUGCUAAGAACGAGGAAAGGUUGUUGCUUGAGGCAGAUGACACCAAGAAGAAAUCUGUCAACACAGAAAAGAUAUCGGAGCUGCAACAAGAAAUCCAUACAGUUAAGUCUAAUAUAGACAGUGUUGUGUUAGAACAAAAGAUAGUAGAUAAAAAGAUGUUUAAUUCCACAAAGUUACAAGAGAAUUUAAAGAGUGAAUCAGAUAAGACUAAAGCUGAAUGGGAAGCUUUGAUGUUAGAGAUAAUGGACUUGGAGAUAGAAGUAGAUGAGAGGAAAAAGAAGAAGAUUUUGCAAUGGGACGCUAUUAGGCGUGCGUGUAACAUUUACAAAGUGAACUUGGAUAUACAUAUAAGUCUUCAGGAGGAGAAAGGCUGUCAAAAUAUAAAAUUUUCCUUCUUUACUUACAACAAAGACAAACAGGAUAUGUAUUUUGUGCAAUUAUCGUGCAGCCAAGAUCACUGGAAAAUUGAACAAACUGAGCCCAAGAUAAAGAAAGAAUAUCUCAAUCAGCUAAGCUCCAUCACAGAUCUGCCUGAAUAUUCCAAAGUGUCAAACAUCACAUUGUUUUUAUGUCAGGUGCGAAAUAUAUAUUUAGAACAUUAUAUGAAAACGAGAAAAAAAUUGUAGAACGAUUCCAAGCUAUGAUUAGCGACGAUGGUGUAAUCUUUCAAAGUACAUAUUUUAUCAGAAA